AACGUUACAACCAAAAGUCUUUGCAGUGGCAAACUGUUGAGUCAUAUUUCCCUCCUUAAACAGUGAGACUAAAGCUAAAUCAUGCUGGCAACAAGGACUUUGCUGUCUAAACAAACACUGGCUGUGCUUUCUCGCCAGCCUGCCUGCUUUGUUCACCACGGUGACUAUGGCAACUGGGGAAACACCAAUAUUGCAGUGGUUUUCUCAGGCUGUGGCUGGUGGGAUGGGACUGAUGUCCAUGAGGGUGUAUACACCAUGUACCACCUGAGCCGCAACGGCGCUCGCUUCCAGAUGUUUGCUCCAAAUCAGCAGCAGAUGCAUGUGAUGGACCACAUGAGGAAGCAGCCUUCCUCUGGCGAGAACCGGAACAUGAUGAUGGAGGCGGCUCGCUUCAGUCAUGGUCAAGGACAGAUGCAAAUGCAAGACCUGGCCAAGCUGGAUGCUAACAGCUUUGAUGCUGUCAUCUUUCCUGGAGGCCACGGCGUCACUAAGAACCUAUCCUCUUUUGUGAAGGAUGGCAAAGACUGCAAGCUGCACAGCGAUGUGGAGAGGGUGCUUAAGGACUUCCACCGUUCACGCAAGCCUAUUGGAUUGGCCAGCAUGGCUCCUGUGCUGGCCUGCCGUGUGCUGCCCAACAUCGAGGUGACCAUGGGCUACGAGCGGGACGAGAACACUCGCUGGGGCAACUGGCCUCACACGAACAUGGUGCAGGCCGUGAAGAGCAUGGGCGCCCGCCACAAUGGCCGCGAGCCAUAUGAAGCCUAUGUUGAUGAGAAGAACAAGGUGGUCAGCACUCCUACCUUCAUGUGGGAAACCGAGUAUCACUAUCACUAUAUAUUCGAUGGCAUUGGAAAUAUGGUCAAACAUGUCAUGCGUAUGUCGUCCAAGUAAUGUGACAAGCCUGGAAAGAGAAAUAGAGGAAGUUGGUGUUUCAUGUGCAGCAUAUACUGUACACCUCUCUGUACUGCGAUGAAUUCUUACCUGAAAAAAUAUAAAUGCUUUAGUUAAAGAGCAAACAGCUUGUCGUGUGUAAUUGAUGGUAUUGGUUUAUAUAGGCAAACAUGUAUAGUAGUGCAGAUAACGUAUACAGAGCUGCACAUCUGAGGGGCAUAUAGGUCACUAUGUGUUUGUCUUGACCCAUGUUUUAAACUGGAGACAUAAUUUUUUUGUCAUGACAGGCAGGGAGGAAGCCAGUGUCCUCACAGUCAACCAAAACCUCUGUAUUCAAUCAGAGUUAACACUGACCGUGUAAACUGUAGGGUCAGUGGUUUAUAGUUUACAGUUCUGGAGUCAUGAUAAAAACACAAAAACAGUACACUGCACCACAUAAUCUACAAACAAGAUUCACAAAAUGAUUGUUUCUUUGGUCUCAUUUAGGCUAAACCAAUGAGGAUCUACACCUUGUAUGUUCUCUCCUUAUCUUCUCAAAUUCACUGACUGAAACAGAAAAUCAUAAGAUUUCCGAUCUCUCCCCAGAAUCUUUGAAAUAAACGGAAAUGUAUGGACAAUUA